AUGGAUUUAGACUUAUUGCUUACUUCAACUGAAUUUUCACAGUCUGAUAAUAAAUUGCCAGACUGUUAUGAAAUAUCUGAUAAAUAUGAAAUGACAGAUAUGUUUACUUCAACUAAAUUUUCUGAUAAUGAAUUGUCAGACUGUUAUGAAACAAACAAUGAAUAUGAAACAGGCGAUGA